CUCAAAAGCAAAUGAUACAAAUAUGGAUCAAUAUGGGAAAUCUUGUUUUGAGCUCAUAUUCCGCUUAUAUUAAACGUUGAAAGAAUUACUAGUGAAAAAGCUAUUAAAGAAGGGCAAUGAUUAUACAUGAAGAAAUCUAUGCUUUUGAUUAUGGAGUAUAAACCUAGAUAUACCCUUCGAAAUUAUCUCGACAGAUGUAAAUGGCCCCAAUUGCAUGUAAGUCUUGGACUCAUACUACUGUCGUUGAAUGUCUAUGUUAUCGAUGGAUGCCAUGAGGUUAUUUCUAGCAUGAUGAAAGCAUAUCUCGACUAUAUGAAUAAGGCUAGCUAAGACGACGGCAUUCCUACUAGUGCUUGUGCUACGUAUCCUUCGUCAAUUUCGAAUGCUUGCCUAGCUAGUUGAGUGUUUUAGAUCUAACCCAAUGACAUACAGGAGAAAUGGGUUACCAUUAUUUAGUUUUAAAAUUAGCUGAAGCGAAUUUGCGUUAAAUCAUAUCACUCUAUCUACUUCAAUUCCUUCUCUCUUAGGAGGAUUUAAGUUAUUUCAUCACUGACAGAACGCAAUAUAGACAACUGAC